AUGUUAUUUUCGACGGCAGUUGGACCCGGCCUGUCUGGAAAGGUCCACUCGAAGAGAUCUAUCUGGACUUUGCACUCCUUAGCAUUACACACUGGUGAAGAUUGGAACGCUGAUCCAAUUUCACAGGCACUCUGGAGUGGAGAACUCUCAUUUGAAUUGCCCAACCUCAAAUUCUUCACCUCAUCACACUGUCUUCCAGUAGGAUUCUUAAGAGCCUUUCAAGCUUCAAAGAAUAUAUCCAAAAUUCACUUAUGUGAGACUCCUAUGUUGCAUGAACUAGACGUGACAACAUGGCUCCAGAGUGAAAUCUGGCCCAAGCUGACAAAGUUCAUCAUCUGGCAUUCAACAGCGUUUGAAUCCUCGGCUAGCGUACAUGGAUUGCUACAGUUGGCUACAGGAUAUGGAAUCAAGAUGCGCCUCAAUGGCCAUCUUAAUGAACUUUAUGAUGGCAGCAAGAAUCCUAAUAAGGACAAGGAUUGCGGUGAAAAACAUGACAAGAAACAUGAUGGAACAAAGUCGUGA